UUUCAUUUCCUCUUGCAGGGCCUGUCAAACACCAGGCAGUGUACAUAGGGAGAGAGCAAGGAGAACAUAUGGUUGUCCAUUUUACAAAAAAAACAACAUUCAAAGUGAUGAAAGAUGAGUUGAUGGCUGUUGCUAACAAUGCCUUGUGCUGGCUCGAUAACGACCUGGAUAAAACUAACAGUGUCCAACCAAUAGACAACAUGAAAAAAACUGUUAACAUUCUUUUGGGUAAUGGCUGUGGACGUUAUAAUCUGCUCAAAAACAAUUGUCAGCAUGUGGCUUCAUUUGUUCGCUAUGGGAAGGCAAUUUCACCUCAGGUGGAGAAAAUUAUCUCACAGAAAUUUGUGAAGCCAAAACUAGGGAAACGCAAGAGACGCAAAAGAAUGAUCGGCUCUUACUGAGAUACAAAGUCAAUAAAGUUAAUAAUAUUAAUAAUAUUAACCUAUGACUA